AUGGAGAAUCCGCAAGUGUGUGAAUGUUACCACGGAGAUGUGGAGGAGGAGAAGAAAAAGAAACAGAACAAUACGACGUCGCCGGUUCACGUCGUUCUUAAGAUUGAUUUUCACUGUGACGGCUGUAUCGCUAGAAUCGUUCGCUUAUCUCGUCGUUUAGAAGGAGUUGAAACAGUGAGAGCAGAUCCUGAUUCGAACAAGCUGACUCUGAUUGGGUUUAUCAUGGAUCCAGUGAAGAUUGCUGAGAAACUUCAGAAGAAGAGCAAGAAGAAAGUGGAGCUGAUAUCUCCUAAACCAAAGAAAGACACCAAAGAGAACAAUGAGAAAAAGGCUAAUGAUAAGACUCAGACUGUGGUUGCUGUGACCACAGUGGUGUUGAAAGUGAAUUGCUCUUGUGAUGGUUGCAUCAAGAGAAUUCAAAAGGCUGUCUCUACGACCAAGGGAGUGUAUCAAGUCAAAAUGGACAAAGAGAAGGAAACGGUAACAGUCAUGGGAACAAUGGACAUCAAGUCUGUGACAGAUAAUUUGAAACGCAAGCUGAAGAAAACCGUCCAGGUCGUGCCUGAGAAGAAGAAGAAGAAGAAAGACAAGGACAAUGCAGAGGUAAACACCAAAGUCGGGUCUCCUUGUCAACCUGGAAAUGGAUGCACUCAUGGGAUUGGGCCUUACAGGUUCAUGGAAGGCCCAAUGACUGGGUUUUUCAGUGAGGAAGAUCAGAGCUAUUGCAGCGUUAUGUGAGUUUCGAGGUGACAAAGCAUUUGGAGUUUAUUACAAAUAUAUAUACUAGGAGGUAAAUAAACUAAUAGGAAACAGAAAAGAAAAAAGAAGAAGAAGUAAAGUCUGAAGGAUAUAUUGUGAUGGUCUGUGUCACAUGAGAGUAGUAAAAAAAUACACUAGUAUUUUCUAUUUUGAGAGAUAUCAGAGUACGUUUUUGUGGAGAGGAUCCACUUUUCGACAUAGUGAAUUUGGAAAUAGAAUUUUAAGCUUUCAUGUUUC